AUGCUGACUCCGCUGAACAGGGGCACGCUAAGGUCGGCUUCCUCCAUCUCUCUUCGUGUUCGUCUUCUUGUCCGCUGGUGUGACGUCAGCAGCCCCGGCAGAAAAUUUCCGUUGGCCAAAGAAAAGGCGGCAAAAGCAGAACGCAGAUCAACGAAGAUUCAAAUCAUCCUUACAUCCUUGAGGCCAACAGGCACAUCGGAACGCGACAUGAAUUUGCUCAAAUCGAUCCUUGGCUGGAGCGAGAAUGCAGCCCCCAAGCUCCAAGCUGAGGGCACCUUCUACAUCGAAAAGGCGGGCACGUGGACUUGCCUAUACAACGCCGCGAGGGCAGACCUGGAGAACGGUCGCGAAUCUUUUACUGCCAUCCUCAAGAUCACUCGCGAGGAUGAGGGAGAUGCGGACUACGAUCUGCCGCCCGAGAUGACGUUCCCCCUGCACCAGGGCAUGGACUUGGCCAAAGAGAUUGGUCCUCUGGAGCGCGCUGCCUUCAGUUGGACAUUCACAAGCGAUGAGUUUGGUGUUGCAACCCGCUAUCUCUUUGAAUUCGAUCGGGAGGACGAUUUUGUCGAGCUUUUCGAGGCUCGGCUACGCUACUCCAUGUACGAGGCCAUCUAUGAACGUUCUGCUGUAGACGCUAGCCCCGACGAUCUCCGUGCAAUUCUCUUGCCCAGAGAGCCUGCAGUGAGGCAUGCCGAGGCACAGCUGCACACACCCAUCAAGUCCACUUCGUCUAGCUCUGUGCCUCACACGCCGGCGACGCCCGCCAUGACGCCCGACUCGCUGUCGCCCAGUUCCAUUGAACUCAUGCGAUCGCCGCUGCCUCCUCCGCCCGUGGAGCAGAAGAGGCAGGGCAAGUGCGUCGGCAACUACGCGGCUGAUUUCUUCCGGUACAGCGCCUCGACCGGCACCUUCCUCCUUAUCGAGAGCCAGGUUCAAGUCGCCGUCAACAACACUGUUCACUCCAAGGAAGCGAUCACGUGUACGCCUCACUCCACCGCCUCGUUGUGCUUCAACGCUGCUUGCUCACAGGGAUUGAUGGGGCAUGCAGACUACUUGUACAUCUUGCAGUCGGGCGUCAUCACCCUCGCGCAGCAGGUGGGCUCGGACAUGCACAUCUAUUUCGAUGAGACCCACAAGUCCGUUGUGUGGGCCUACGUCCACGAGGGCGUCACGCACACGUUCAGCUUGGUCUUCCACGACGAGCAGGUCAACGAGGACUUCAAGCAGGACAUUUCCAAGUUCUUGUGGGAGACGAACACCGCUACUCCCUUCGCCAAAGUCGCGAAAAACGACGUCGAUUGGAUUCUGGGCGCUUACGCUGACGAGGUCGAUGGCAUGGAGGAGGACGAUGGUAUUCAAGAGUUCGACAAGAUGGAAUUCGUGGAAGAGAAGCCGGAGACCGCAGGGGAUAAGCACGAGGAGGAGGAAGAGGAAGAAGAGGAAGAGCAGCCCGAAGAGGAAGAGGACAGCGAUGACGAAGAGGAGGAGGUAUCAGAGCAGGACAAGAACGCCAAGAACAGCGCUCUUGCCGUCGGCUACAAGUACGAUCGUUCCUUCGUGGUGCGCGGUUCCCAGAUCGGAGUGUUCAAGCAUACGCCGGACAACCGCCUCAAGUUCAGCACGACUAUUAAGAAUGUGAAGACCCCGAGCGGACAGCGCUUCCAGCCGCGCAAGCUGAUGCUCCACAACGAAGAUGAGAACCUGCUCUUGCUUCACCCCACCGAGCAGAACAAGGUCUUCAAGAUGGACUUGACCCGCGGUGACGUCGUCGAGGAAUGGAAAACGGCCAGGGAGUACCCCAUCAAGGAAGUGUGCCCGGAGACCAAGUACGCACAAACGACGUCCACGCCUACUCUGAUGGGCCUCAACGGCCAGUCCUUCUACCGCCUCGACCCUCGCCUGCCAGGCGAGAAGCAGGUGUCGAGCCGCAGCUACAUGUACGGCAAGUCCGCGCCUGCUCUGAGCUGCAUGGCGACCACCGAGAACGGUCACAUGGUGAUGGGCAGCCGCAAGGGUGAGAUCCGGCUGUUCUCUGAUAAGACCUUCUCGAGGGACAUCGACCCUCUGGCCCGGCUCAAGCCACGAGCCAAGACUACCCUCCCCGGUCUCGGUGACCCCAUCAUCGGUAUUGAUGUCACCGCCGAUGGCAAGUGGAUUCUGGCCACCUGCCGCAAUUACCUGCUUGUGGCCUCCACUGCCCUGGAGAGGGGAACUACCGGUUUCGAGUCGACGAUGGGCAAGGAGAAGCCCGUGCCGCGUAUCCUGAGGCUCAAGCCCGAGCACGUUGAACUGAUGGAGGGGAAGGUGAGCUUCACGCCGGCGCGAUUCAACGUCGGCGAAUCCGAUGAGGAGCGUAGCAUCGUCACCUCCACCGGACCCUACAUCAUCACGUGGAACUUCCGUAAGGUCAAGCAGAACAAGCUCCUCGAGUACACGAUGAAGAAGUAUGGCGACAUCGUCGUCGCCGACCACUUCCGUUACAACCAGGAGACGGCCGUCGUAGUGGCCCUGCCCAACAACGUCACCAUGGCCCGCAAGGACGUCGUCAAGAAGCUCUUCUAG